AUGACUGGUUCAUUGCGCCAGAUGUCCUGGCUCCUUGUCGCUCUUUGCGCCGCAACCUCGCUCACAGGUACAGCGAACGGCGCGGCCACGUCCAGCUCCAACUGCUCCACGCCGACACACUUCUUCACCCAACUCAUCGAGCAUGAGAAUUCCAGCAGCAAAGCAACUUUUCAGCAACAAUAUCAAAUAGUCGCCGACCACUUCAAGCCCGGAGGACCAAUUCUGUACUAUCAACAGGCUGAGACGAGCCUCUUCGCCUGUAUGGAAUGGACAAUCCUGCCCGAAUGGGCUGCUGAAUUGGGUGCACUGAUCAUCACGCUCGAACAUCGCUUCUUCGGUCUGAGCUAUCCCUCCAAUGCCUCCGAUCCUAUCGAAAAAUACCAAAGCUUGACGCUUGAGAAUGUCAUGCUAGACGCCGUCAAUUUCAUCAGUCACGUCAAAGAUACAACGUCAGGGGCAAAAGAAAGCAAGGUCCUCGUGAUGGGUGGUUCGUAUGGAGGGUUUCUUACCACUGUGCUCAAGAUGAACCACCCAGAGGUCUUUUAUGGAGCUCUGCCCUUCGCGGCGCCACUCCGCAGCAUUGGGGCAAAUUACCAGAACCCCCAGCGGUAUAACUGGUUCAAAUGGCUGAAUCAAGUAUACUGGGACUUGUCCGCCAGUGCGGCCGGCAAGAUGAAACACGCGUUCGAGGUACUCGGCCAGCGCUUCCAUGCCGCAACCGAUACCAAGAGUAUCGCUAAGGAUUUCGGCCUCUGCUCCGUACCAAAUACGACGGCGGAGCUCCAAGAGGUCAUGGGCGUGAUCAAUACAGUCCAGUACCAGAUCCCGCAAUUGGGCUUCAUCAACCCCAUUGGAAACCCAACCGGAUCCAGUGUCGAGAAGCUGGUCAAUCAGACUCUGCUGCUCGAUGACCCUGUGAAGAUCAUCAAUGCCAGUUUGAAUAUGUGGUACCCGUCAUCCUUGUAUCCCUGUGUUCCAUGGGGCAAUGACGAGUCCGUCAACCCAACGCUGCAAUUGGAUUCUUUCAAUUACCUUCUUUGCAAAUACUUCCCACUCAGCGUCAACGAAGUCCCCAACGGAACGCUUUUCGUACCGACAUCCGUCCAGACCGAAAGCGACCCGCACACAUGCAUGACAAAGUACAACGUCACGCCGUCGACUCAGGACCAUGUGGAAACUCAGUACCACAUCACGCGCGACGAAUUGGUAAAUGCAAAGCGCAUCCUGUUUGCAUACAACGAGUUCGACCCGACGACCGCUGUUGGAAUCGACCCCUUGCCAUUGACCCAGGAUCGGAAUGCAUCCAGGUACAUGUUCACGACGCUGUCAUCACAUGGAGAGGAGUCUAUCGCGAGUUAUCCAGGGGACAGACCUAGUGUGGUGCACGCACGAAAUCUGCAGUUGCAGACGUUCAAAGAGUGGCUCGGCAUGUACUAG